UGAUCUCGGCCUACCUGCCACGCGAGCGGCGCGACUUACCACGUGCCUCGGGACGAAAAGCCCCGAGCACGCACUACCCCUCUUGUGGGCCCAAUCACAUACAUUCCCCUUUUCGUCAGUGACAGCGUUGACACAAUCAUCAAUAGAUUCUUCUUCGAAUUCACAUACAACAUGUCUCUGAAAGAAAAGGUUUUCGCAAUCACGGGUGGAGCGAGCGGAAUCGGGUUGGCAACAGCAAGGCUGAUCCAAACACGCGGUGGGACCGUCUGCAUCGGCGACAUCGACCCCACAGCCUUGCGCGAAGCAGAAGCUGAGUUCGCAGCAAAAGAUCAGCCGUAUCUGGUGACACAGCUGGACGUUAUGUCGCGAGCGCAAGUGGAUCAGUGGAUCAAGUCGAUCGUGGAGAAAUUUGGGCGGCUGGAUGGGGCUGCGAACGUUGCUGGGUAUAUUGGGAAAGACCAUGGGGUAAAGCCGGUUGCGGAUCUCGAUGACGAUGAGUGGAAUAAGAUUAUCGCGGUCAAUCUUACUGGCUGCAUGUACUGUCUCCGGGCGGAGCUGCGCAGUGUAUCGCAUGGGGGCUCGAUCGUCAAUGUUUCUUCAAUCCAUGGAACAAUUGGAAUGGCGAAUUAUGGCGCAUACGAUGCAAGCAAGCAUGGUAUAAUCGGCCUCACCAAAGCUGCGGCAAAGGAGAACGGAGGAAAAGAAAUUCGCGUCAACGCCGUUUCUCCGGGUGCGAUAUACACCCCGAUGAUGCAAAAGUUUUGGGAUAAGAGCAACAGGCCAAAAGACGCGCCCUUCGACGAGCCCACUUCUUUCCAGCGUCAAGGAACAGCAGAUGAGGUAGCGAACGUUAUUGUCUUCCUUUUGGGACCUGAGAGCAGCUUUGUGAGCGGGGGUGUUUACGCAGUAGAUGGAGCAUGGUUAUAG